AGUAUCAGAAUACUUCCAAAGCGAAUAUUUAUGCUCUUGGUGAUGUAUGUGGAAAGGCGUUGCUCACUCCAGGUUUGACAAAGGAUGUCCUUAUUCUUUAGGAAUUCUGGUUGCUAACACUUGCACAUUAAUAAAUACACCCUUAUUUUUAUAUUGUAGUUUUUAUAUUGAUACACAAUAUUUACAGCCAUUAUUUAACAAUUAUUCGCCGAAGGCGAGGUGAUUAUCGGUGAAUAAAAACCGAGACGAAGUCGAGGUUUUUAUUCACGAUAAUCACCGAGCCUGAGGUGAAUAACUGUUUUAGUAUAAUUUCAUAGGUGAUUAUAUGGAAAAAAUAAAAAAAUACACAUUUCUUCGUCAUUUAAUUGACAAAAAGGCUUCGGCCGCCAUUUUGAAAAUCGCUUAGGUGAUUAUCGCGUAAUAAUCACCUCAACGGCAACCAAUCAGCGUGGAGAAUUUUCAAUAAUCACCUAUGUAAUUAUACUAAAGGCAUUUAAAUGGAGGUAUUGCACUCAGAGAUGUAGCGAAGAUGUAGUCAAAUUACCUGAUUUUUUAAAUUACGUUUUACGUUACCUAAAAGCAGUCUUUGAAAUUUUUUUUCAUGAGCACAUUCAAGUAGCAGGUGUUCUGUCGAAGGAAUAUUAUAUUUAGCAUAAUUGAUACGGGGAUGAAUCUACUAGGGGGAAAUUUGAGAAAAUUUUGAGACCCUCAGAAAGCUUGGAAAUGCAAUUUUGCAUUCUUCGCUUGCGCACUCACUUUUAACUUGCAUGUUUUCCAGUCAAUGGUCUUAACAGUGACCUGAGAAUAGACAAUUUGGGCUGACGUUGUUUACAUUGCUCCCCAAUUCACAACUGUAGAUAACUCACAUACCUAGUUAACCAUUGUUCUAGUUGACAGAAGCAUAAAAUAGGACAGAGGUAACUAAGCAUUAGAAUUAUGUAUAAGAGUUAUUCACUCAUGUAGAUAAUUCUAGAGCUUAGUUAUAGUUAUGCUUCUGUAAACUAGAACAAUGGUUAACUAAGCAUGCGAGUCAUGAUCUAAAGUUGUGAAUUGGGUAUAAACAAACGUUAGCCGAAUUAACCUUUCUCACGGCCGAUUUUUCACGCCAUUUUUGGAGUACUGCCUCUCCCACGUUCGCCGUGCCGUAGCCAGCUCGAUAAUUUGAGAAUAUUCAUAUAUUCGUGUUCUGCGUUAUUAAUUUCUUUUUGAAAUUUCUUUUUGUUUAUGUGGUCCGUGAACACGAAUAUAUGAAUAUUUGCCCCCCCCCCCCAAUUAUCGACCUGGCUACGGCACUGCACGUUCGAGAGUCUUCGUUCGAGACUUUUUAGUAUUGUAUAGUUGUGUGCAUAAUCGGGUAAAUUUAUAGUGUUACAACUUUUAAAAGUCGCUUUCGCGUUGUUUGAACUGUCUACAAUCUUUCACGAGGGCAGACAGUACCCCCAAAAUGGCGGAUGUUGGCCUUCUUGAGAAAGGCUAAUAUAUGAUACAAGCUAUGAUGCGGAAUGCUGCCAAAAUUAGUCAUACCAAUUUUCCGGUGACGUUCGUGUUGACAAAAACGUGGCUUGCUUAAGCUCACUAAUGGUGACUUUUGACAUAGAGGGAAAUAUACAUGAUUUACUUAUUUGGGGGUUAACAGAUGUCCUCAUGUAAUUUUGAUCUUUUUUUAUUUCUAUUUGCAGUUGCUAUUGCUGCUGGUCGUAGAUUAUCAAACCGUCUGUUCCAUGGUGAAGUCGACGCAAAGUUGGACUACGAUAAUAUACCAACGGUGGUAUUUGCUCAUCCUCCCAUUGGAACAAUUGGCCUGACGCAAGGUACGUGCGAUCACCAGUCUGGCACUCUAAAACCACUCUGGGUACAAUUUUCCUGCUUAACCUAGAAAUAACCUCUAUCUCGGCCAACUUAAUAUUCCUGGUUAAAUUCCUGGUUAUUUUAACCAUUUUCCCACUAUAAUUUGGUUAAUUUGACCUUGACUCCUGGAUAAUAGACUGUGCUAAGCGGAUAAUAACCAGGGACUGUGGUUAUAUCACCUAGCAUAGUCUGGUUGUUUUAGCAAGAAUGUCCUUGGUUAAAUAUAACCAGAUUCCUGGUUAUAUAACUUAUAUUACCCAGACUGUGGUAGGAAGUGAGAUAAAUAACCAGAAAAAAAUGAAACAAGAAUAUUAAGUUAACUUUAAGUUAACCCAAAUAGUAUGCAUGAUCUCUAGGUUAACCAGGAAACUAUGAGAGUAUUUUGCAAUAUUUAGAGUAUGUGCCUUUCAAGCCUUUCACCACCUCUGCAGUCGGGCCGGUUAUUUUCCUGCAAUCAAAAAUGUAGACAUUUUUAAUAACGACGUCAAACAUGGGUAACCUCGCAAUGUGAUAUUACACUGGACAAUGUAAUGCAAAUGAUAAUACAUGCAUGAAAUUUAAUUGGCUCGGGAACGGUUUGCAUUGCGAAUUGGAAUCAAUUAGCCUAGCCUUUCACUACCUCUCCCAAGUCAGAGAUUAUAUACGCACCGUGAAGUUUUAAUCCAAGUUUGACGCCAUUUUUAAGGAAGGUUUAUACUUCCAGUUUGGCUUUUAGUUAGCAAACACUCAGGUUUUCUCGUCUCAGAACUCUGGUUUCAGCUCCAUUCGUACGGAUUGAGAGAUUCGUAACGUGAUGCUUUAGGGCUUUAGUUUACAUAGGACGACACCAUUUGUCCAAUGGUCCGAAUCUGUUACGACGAACUAUAUCCUAACCCAUACCCCAUGGCCCAUGCUGAUUCACGAAAUCCACGAAUCGUAUACCAGUGGAGUAUAUUCGACAGUGUCGGACAACCCUUGUUUAACGACUUCGAUGGGAAGACUUCGUGACUGUCACACUGCCGUCCGCCUUUUCCUGCAUUAAAUGGUACAUUCCCACGUUCUACCAUGUACGAACUUGGAUCAAACGUCAGAACGCAGAUUGUGGUUUACAAAGGCCCACUAACCGAUUUUUCAAACACAAAAAACUGAAUUAUAAAGAACUACAAAACUUGCUUAAACAAAAAAUGAAAGACAUACUGUUUUCCCCCAUUGAUUUUCACCGUCAAAAAGUAGUAAUUUAGAUAUAUUGUACGAAUCUUUGACGGUUUUACCAAUCAAAGACAUAGAAAAUGGAAAGUAUAUUUUGUCAUCAUAUCUGGUGACUAUAUAAUUACAUGAUGGCAUGUUGAAUAUCGUUAUCUUACAGAGGAGGCUAUCAGCAAACAUGGCAUUGAGAAUAUCAAGGUGUACCUGUCCUCCUGGACUGGAAUGUUCCAUGCUAUAACCGAACAUAAAACUAAUCUCACAGUGAAGUUGAUUUGUCUUGGCAAGGAAGAAAAGGUUGGUUCAAUUACCGUUCAUUGUUAUAUGUAAAGAUGCAUGGGGGAGGGGGAAGGGUGGUACUGAAAGUCGUAAACAUAUUUCCUUGCAGUUUAGAGGCGAAUGGAGAAGGACGCUGCUUUUCAAACAUAACUAAGUCGAAGGCUUAUUAGUGGCGCCUCUAUAGUUGCCAUAAAUCACAAAAAAAUGAAAAGGAAAAGCACCUAAAAAUGAAAAAAUCAAAUAUGAUUUUAUGAUCUCGUACACUUUGGAGUGAUUUUCCCUUGGAAAAUGCAACUAGUUGUGUUGCCAUCUAACCGUUUAUUGUUCCGACUUUAAAAAUUUUUGUGAGACAACUGACAACGGCAAAAUUACAGUUUUGUAUUCGAGCCAAAGCAUAUAUAUACGAAAGUUUCAUUCUCUUGUUGAUGAUCACCAAACUCGCAUUAUUUGAAUUUAUGCCAAGGGUCUAUUGGUUUUGUUUGGCUUUUGUGUAGGUGAUUGGUUUGCAUAUCGUUGGAAAUGGUGCAGAUGAGAUGUUACAAGGAUUUUCUGUCGCUGUGAAAAUGGGAGCGACAAAGAAAGACUUUGACAACACUGUUGCCAUUCACCCAACCACAUCUGAAGAAAUUGUCACUCUUACCAGUGCUGAUCUCCUCAAAUUAGAAUGACUUUCACUAAUUUUUCAAUUUCUUUGUUAAACUCGCACGCAUAUAAUGAUUUUGUAAUUUACAUUGAUGUAGUUAUAUUUUUGCCUAUUUGAGAAGUAGUGCUAUCUUCUGUAAUCGAAAUUAAGAUAUUAAUUUUAAAUCACUGCAUCAUGUAUUAUACAAUAUAACUUAUAAUGUCAAGUAAAUUAGCCUUUCUUACAUUGGCGAAUAUCCGCCAUUUUUGACUCACGCAACAUAUAUGAGUUUGUGUGGUUACUUGAGUGUAAGGCAGUUAAACAAUGGGAAAUGACCAGCCUGCUUUGCGCGUACUGUUUGCCUGCGAAUCGGGCCUUUCACACCCGUAAAUCAAGCUGGAGCACGCUUUCGUUCUUUUGAUUUUGCAAAAGAAGCAUGACAAAUGGCAAAAUUUGCACGGUGCUCGUUGGCAAAAACAAUUGCAAACUGCUCUAAUUCUUUCAGUCACUUUCAUUUGAUCUUAUCCGUGAGUCAGCCCCAACGGCCUUUGGCUUUGAUUGGGAAAUGUUUUUCCUUAUCAAGGAAUCUAGACAACCAACCAUUAUAACACACAACUACAGUGAUAAAAAGUCAUUUUGCGAUGCUUACCCUCUAAAACGUGGGAGAGGUAGUACCAACAUGCACCAUGCACCCUUGGUUAAGAGUAUGGUAUAAUGGCAGUAAAAGGGAUGAACGAGAGGUUUGAAGGUUUCAAGAUAGUUCAAAGUUUAGGGUUAAUUAAUGUUAAGGUCAGGGUUUGGGUUAGGUUUAGGGUAUUACUAAAGUUUAGAGUAAAGUUUGGAAUUGGUAUAAGUGUAUGGUUUGUGAUUUUUCGCGUUUUGACGAUUCUUAAAAUGAUAUGUCUACCAAUUUGAAAACUUGCCUUUUCCUUCCC